AGAGAGCAGGGGGGCCGCGCUGGGGGAGUUCGGGGGAACGCGGAAGUGGCUGGAAUUUGUCUACUGGAGGGGGGCCUGUCGCUAUGGCAACCGCCGCCGCUGCCGAGGGUCCGCCGGAGGCCCGAGUGCAAGUAGCCAAACAGGAUCCUGCUGUGGAGACAGCGGAGGAAGCUAAGGAACCAGCCGAAGCAGAUAUCAAUGAGCUUUGUAAGGAUAUGUUUAACAAAAUGGCCACUUACUUAACAGGUGAACUAACAGCCACCAGUGAAGACUACAAACUCCUGGAAAACAUGAACAAGCUGACUAGCUUGAAAUAUCUGGAAAUGAAAGAUAUUGCUGUAAACAUUAGUCGAAACCUGAAGGACCUAAAUCAAAAAUAUGCUGGUCUUCAGCCGUAUCUGGAACAAAUCAACUUAAUUGAAGAGCAAGUGGCAGCUCUUGAGCAGGCAGCCUACAAGCUGGAUGCCUAUUCGAAAAAGCUUGAAGCAAAGUACAAAAAACUGGAGAAACGAUGACAUUCUACAACAAAAGGAUGCUUUUUCCUAAGAUACAAGAAUUGGGUCAUGACUCAGGUUGACUUUUCAAAUUCUUAAGGUUUGAAGUGUACCAAACAUACAAGCUGUUCUGGAAGAGCCGUGUAGCCAGGGGGAUGCUUUGGCUAAGGACUUGAGCGUAGCAGAUAUCAGACUAGUAAUGCUGCUGUGUGUCUGUUCCUUCUGAGGCUAGAAAACCUUCCCUUUUCUCAGAAGCCUGUUCUUUUACUGCCUCUAUUAUUGAGCUGGAGUCAAAAGUUGAAAUCUACUCUGAUCUCUUAUGAGUUGCUGUAAAACAGUGUUCACCAUAGGUCCAUAGCUCCAUAGGUCCUAUGGCCUUGUAAAAAAAACUUCCUCCAUAGCCUCCCACUACAUUCUCCCCUACAGCUGUAGGACCUGAAAUUCACCUUGU